AUGUUGUCAAACACUGGCAUCGUCAGUUCAAGUGUGGACGUACAUCUGUGGAAACGGCCUCAAUUCCUGGGCGCAGAGUCCGCCAUUGAUGAUGCCACCCUCCAGCAUGUGGAGGCCGCCAUCUACAACGAUCAUCAUAUAACAGUACAUCGGAGCAUUAACGGGGAACUGUACGCUCCGCUGCAGCACGUCAGCGCUGUCCUGGCGGGAGGUGCCGCCAACAGAGCCGGCAUCUCAAAACGGGACAGGAUUCUAGAAGUCAACAGAGUGAAUGUCGAAGGUGCGACGUACAAGCAGGUGGUGGACCUGAUCCGGGUUGGGGAGAGGGAACUGGUCCUGACUGUGCUCUCAGUCCCGCCUCAAGAAGCAGACUGUUUGGACGUCGGGGGGUGUGAGCUCAUCCAGGAAAAGUUGGUAUAUAAUAUUUACAUGGCAGGAAGGCAGCUGUGCUCCAGACGUUACCGACAGUUUGUUAUCCUUUACCAAAAUCUGAAAAGAGAGUUUGGCAGCUUCACGUUCCCCAAGCUGCCUGGGAAGUGGCCUUUUUCUCUGUCUGAGCAGCAACUGGAUGCACGUCGCAGAGGACUGGAAGAAUAUCUGGAGAGUGUUUGCUUUGUGAGGGUAAUUGGCGAAAGUGACUUAAUGCAGGAGUUCCUGUCUGAGUCAGAUGAUAACUAUAGCAGGAUGUUGGACGUGGACUUCAGAAUCGCUGUUCCUGAUAAGACUAAACUCACUGUGCGGGUUCGCAAAAAUCCCACUACUGACCAGGUGUACCAGGCUGUGAUCAUAAAACUAGGGACGGACAGCAUAAUGACCAGCUACUUUGCACUGUUUGAGGUCAUCAACAACACCUUCUUUGAGUACAGAUUGUAAUUUUGCACCAAAGUUGCAGCCAUUUCCCCUGAAUUAGAGCUCAUUGUGACCAAAUUAUAACUGUGUAAUAAAACUAAACAACACAAAAUAAAAUGGGGUAAAACUAUUCACAAUGAUUAUAAUUACUUGGGUCGCCGAUGUGUUGAAGUGUAUCCCAGUUAGAAAGAUGCGGGGGUACACCCUGAAAUGGUCACCAGCCACCAGUCACAUGGCACAUAUAAACCAACAACAAUUCAUACUCACAUUCAAACCGACGGGACAAUUUAGAGUCUCCAAUUAACUUACAGUAUGAUCCGUUUUUGGAGACUGUGGCAGGAAACCGGAAUACCUGGAAAUAACCCACGCAGGCACGGGCAGAACAUUUAAAUGCAUAUUUGAACUUAAGACUGACUUGUUUGGGGAUUCCCACCAGGUCCCGCCUGAUUCCUGCGGGAUUUGAGCGAAUUGGCAGGAUUGGGAGCGGAGCUCAUCAGGAGUAGGAACGAUGAAAACAAUGUCACUGGGAAUGGACAGGAGUCAAAACUUUGUCGGGAAGGAUGAUGUAGUUAAUUUAAAGAAAAAAAAUAUGAAUCACAUCAAUUUUAUACAAUUUCUCCUCAAUAUAAAGCAAAGAGCAUUAGAGCGUACACACAUCUAUAUGCAUAUAUCACUACAAAACUAAGGGAUUGAUAUUGCUUUUGAUGUUUGUUUCCUUGGUCAUUCUGGCAAUUCAACGUAUUUAUUACGUUGAUAAGGGCAGGCAGACUGGAAAUGCUAUACAGAGGAAGAAAAACAGCAGCAUUGACACUCAGCAAAAAAAAAAAAAAAAAAAAAAAACCCAAAAACACUGGGGGGUUAGGGGUGC